UGGAGGGAGGCCUUCUGGGACACCAUGCGCGAGGCCUGGGGCGACUUCGAGCCGCACCAGCUGGGCAGGUUCAUGCUGCUGGUACGAGCUGUUGUGGAGGCGGUCUUCGAGGCCCUGAGGCUUGGCGGCUGGGAGCUGGGCGACGUGGCCAACGUGGCCGGCACCUUUGCGCGGGCGGCACCGCAGGCGCUCCUGCUGCUGGCGCGCGUCUUCUGGGACGUGUUGCGGCCGCAGCUGGCGCUGGAGCCGCCUGCGCCAGCGGAGGCACUACAGCGCCUGCUUGAGCCCUUCUGCGAGCUGGCCGAGAAGUCUCCACUGGCUGCGCUGGUCCGCAACAUCCACGCUCGGAUACUUCGGGAGACGCCACGGCUGGCCGUGGACACCCUAGCGAGCCGGCUCCUCGCCGGCGCCAGCCGCGUCGGCGUGCCCGACGGCAACCGCAGGGCGCUGCGGGUGACGGCGCGCGCGCUGCGGCGGCAGGCGGCUGCCGUGGCGCCGGCCGUGGCGACGACCCCUGCAUCGUCCACAGCGUCGUCUGCGGUGGGGUGUCCUGCGAGGAGGACGAAGCGAAAAAGGCGCAUGCGACCGGGUGCUCCCAAGCCGGACGCCGCCGCCGAGGAUGGCGGCGAUGCGGGCGCCGGUGCGGGCGCCGCGCCGGGGACCGCUGCGGCGCGGGCGCCCCCGGUGCCCACGCCGCCGGCCGCGGCGGCCCCCGGGAGGAGGCCGGCCCUGCGCAGGGCGCCGGCGCGGGGCGGCCCCGUUGCGGCGCAGGCCGCGCGCGGGGCGGGGCGGCCUCUCGCGGUCCCCGCCCUCGGCGCCGUCCUCGGCGUCGUCACCGCCGCGCUGGGCUGCGGGGAUCCCAGGGCCACCCCGAGGGCCCGGGCACGCGUGGGCAGCUCGGCCGCUGCCGAUCCGGCAACGCUGCUGCAGGGGGCUGCGCGCAGCGGUCGCAAACGGAGGGCCGCCGCGCGGGGCGCCCGCGGUGCCGCCGUGGAGCGGCCGCGGGUGUCCUUCGACUUCCGAGCGACGCAGGCACCCCCCGAGUGGGAGCUGGGAGGGGGCCCCGUGGCCGCCGCAGCAAGCUCGGAGAGCGCCCGGACCCGAGGCCGCGAGCGCCGCGCGGGGCCGCGCCCGGCACCCGUGAGCCGUCGCGCGCCCCGCGCGGCACCCGCGGCCGCCUCGGGCCGCGCGGCCGCCUCGGGCGGCAGCGCCCACAGCGGCGCCCACGGCGGCGGCGGCCGCGGCGAGGCGGCGGCUCGACGGCGCCCGGCGGCGGCGCUCGGCGGCGGCGGCCACGGCGGCGGCCACGGCGGCGGCCACGGCGGCGGCCACGGCCGCGGCGGCCACGGCGCCCGGCGGCGGCGCUCGGCGGCGGCGGCCACGGCGGUGGCGGCCACGGCGGCCACGGCCGCGGCGGCGGCGGCGAGCGCCUCGCCGCCGCUCGGGCGGGGCUGGUUGGGCCGCGCCGAUGCUCCUCGAGGCGACGGCGUCAUCACGCGGGAGGAGUUCAAGGCGGCGCUGCGGGACUGCGGCGCCGGCGCCGUGCUUGCCCUGCAGGCCUGGGUGGAGUACCGCAGGCAGAAGCUGGAGCAGCUGCGGCAGCAGCGCGAGUCGGACCUGCUCCCCUUCUCCCCGCGGCUGACUGGGCCCAGGGGCGACGGCAGCGUCCAGGACCGCAGCGCGCGCAGCCUCGAGCGCCGGGCGCUCCAGCAGCGGCUGUCCGACGAGCGGCGGGCGACCGAGGAGCAGCGGUGCUGCACCUUCUCCCCGGACAUCACCGCCACCUGGCCGCCACCCAUGCGGGCGGCGGCUCGCCGGUGCACCGCGGAGUCGCCGCGGGCCCUCGAGCCCGUGGGGCGGCGGCAAGGCGCGGCCGCCUCCUACGCGUCGGCGGUGGCAGGGAGGCCAGACCGGCAAGGACACGUGACGAAGGAGAGGGCUUCCGAGUUUUAUGAGCACCAGCGCUUGUGGCUCCAGCAGCACAUGGAGGAGUUCAGCCGACGGCGGCAGGCGCAGCUCCACGCCCGGCUGCUGCAGGAGGAGGCGCCCGGAACGGCCUGGCGGCCCAGCCCCAGCUUGGAGAUCUUCUUUGCCUCGUUCAGCCACUUCCCUGCCAGGCUCUUCUCGCUCCAGCUCGUGACGCUGCUGAAGUAG